GCUUACUCUUUUAUCUAUAUAUACAAGUGAAGUCAAGUGGCAUUGCACACCACACUUGAGGCUAUAGACUUGUGCAAAAGAAUGACGAAAGUUGAGAUCAUCUCUAGUGAAAACAUCAAACCAUCUUUCCCCACACCACAACACUUGAAAACCUUCAAGCUUUCUUUGUUGGAUCAGCUCAUUCCAGCACCUUAUGCUCCCAUUGUCGUGUUUUAUCCCAACACGGAUGGUGCUGAUCAUUCUAAAGUUGAAGAGAGAUUAGUACUUCUCAAGGAAUCAUUAUCCGAGACCUUGACAAGGUUUUACCCCUUAGCUGGACUAAUACAAGAUGAUCUUUCCAUCAAUUGUAAUGAUCAAGGAGCUUUUUUCACAGUUGCUGUGGUUAAUUCUCUGCUGUCUGAUUUUUUAGUCAAUCCUGAUUUGCAGUUCAUACAAAAAUUCCUUCCCUGUCAAAAUAGUUUUGAUGGGUCUACUAGAGAGGCCCGGGUGACGAGUAUUCAAGUGAAUGUUUUUGAGUGCGGUGGCAUGGCCAUUGGCUUGUGCGUUUCACACAAGAUAGUUGAUGGCGCUGGAUUGAGCACGUUCUUGCAAGCAUGGGCUGCAACAAAUUCAAGAUCCGACGAGGUCAUCUACCCUGAUUUCAUUGCGCCUACUAUCUUCCCGGCUGAUGACUUAUGGCUGCGUGACACGUCAAUGGUAGUCUGGGGAUCAUUGUUCAAGAAAGGCAAGUGUGCUACAAGGAGACUCGUGCUUGGUCCCUCAGCCAUAGCCAGCCUCAAGGCUGAUGCUAGUGGCUUAAAUUUGGAAAACCCUACUCGCGUAGAAGUCGUUUCUGCUUUUCUUUGGAAAUGUGCUAUGGCUGCCACAGAAAAGAAUUCUGGAUCCAGGAGACCUUCACUUGUUACUCACAUAGUGAACCUCCGAAAAAGAUUUUCACCAGCUCUGUCUGGUAAUUCUCUAGGAAACUUAAUCUGGACAGCAAGUGCAAAGUGCAAAGCAACGUGUGAACCAGUACGACUAGAUUCAUUGGUGAGCAAAGUAAGAAAAGGAAUCCAUGAAAUCAACAGCGACUUUGUGAAGAAACUGAGGGGUGACAAAGGCCCUGCAACUAUGUGCAAAUCACUCCAGGGGAUUGGGAAUUUUGGGUCCAAAACAGGGGUGGACUAUUAUGGAUUUACAAGCUGGUGCAAAAUGGGAUUUUACGACGCAGAUUUUGGAUGGGGAAAGCCUGCUUGGGUAAGUAGCAUGGCCCUCAAUUGUGAGGUGUUUAUGAAUCUGGUUAUUCUGAUGGACACAAAAUGUGGAGAGGGAAUAGAAGCUUGGGUGACGCUGGAUGAACCAGAAAUGAGAAUCUUGGAGCAAGAUCCAACGCUUCUUUCUUUGGCUUCUUUGGAUCCAAGUCCUACUAAUUACUAGCUUUCUUCUUUUGUUUCCUGAGUUUAAUUAACAGUCAAGCAUAUCAAACAGGUUAUAUAUCUUUGCCUGGAAUAUGUACUCGGUGUAUAUAGUUGUGUUAUUUUACUCAAAUGUGUAUACAUGAAUAAAAUAACCAGCCGGUUGCAA